CCUCCUCCAUCUGAACACGCUGUUGCAGAGCAAGUACAACCUAAACAUCACAAGGUUCCUAACCGCCUUUACGGAGAUUUUUAAUGUUUUGAAGAGCUUGUCGCGGCGCUUUUUGUGGAAUCUACAGACGUCUGGAAACGCAUAUGUUGAAGCUGUUCCUUGCAGGCUGACGGGGAUUUGGCACUACUAAAGUGGUGUGUGCAGCCGCCCUUUAUCCCCCCUGCGACCUCUGAAGUACUCUCCCCUCCUGAGGCCAGUCUGCAAACCAUGGUGCUGGAGAAACUUCUGCGUUUUGGAAAACAGUUGCUGAGGGUGAAGGUGGUGAACUCGAAUUCCGAGGACUCCCGUCUGUCUCGAUGUCUCAACACCUUCGACCUGGUAGCCCUGGGUGUGGGAAGCACGUUGGGUGCUGGCGUUUACGUGCUUGCUGGUGCUGUUGCACGAGACAAUUCAGGUCCUGCUAUCGUCCUGUCUUUCUUGAUAGCUGCCUCAGCCUCAGUGUUGGCAGGUCUUUGCUACGCUGAGUUUGGAGCCCGUGUCCCGAAGACGGGCUCUGCUUAUCUUUACUCAUAUGUGACAGUCGGAGAACUCUGGGCUUUCAUUACUGGAUGGAACCUCAUUCUCUCUUACAUUAUUGGUACCUCGAGUGUUGCCCGUGCAUGGAGCGCCACCUUUGACGAGUUGGUAGGGAAACGCAUUGAGGAGUUCUGCAGAGAACACAUGUCUAUGAAUGCACCAGGUGUGCUGGCAGAAUACCCUGACAUGUUUGCAGUUCUCAUCAUAUUUACUCUCACAGGUCUUUUGGCAUUUGGAGUGAAGGAGUCAGCGAUGGUGAAUAAGGUGUUUACCUGUGUCAAUGUUUUAGUCUUAUUAUUCAUGGUGAUCUCUGGGCUGGUCAAAGGCACUUUGAAGAACUGGCAGGUUGUUCCAGAGGAGAUCCUACAUGUCAAUCAUACGAAUAGCUCAAGCCAAAAUUUGACUGCCAUCCUGCCAUCCAAGGAGAGCAUAGGACAGGGUGGCUUUAUGCCAUUUGGCUUCACAGGAGUACUUUCAGGAGCUGCUACAUGUUUCUAUGCCUUUGUAGGCUUUGACUGCAUCGCCACCACAGGCGAGGAGGUGAAGAACCCCCAAAGAGCCAUUCCUAUUGGGAUCGUGUCCUCACUGCUGAUUUGUUUCGUUGCUUACUUUGGUGUUUCCGCUGCCCUCACCCUCAUGAUGCCGUACUAUCUUCUGGACAGCAACAGCCCUCUGCCUGUAGCUUUUAAAUAUGUAGGCUGGGGAGGAGCCAAAUAUGCUGUAGCUGUAGGCUCUCUUUGUGCUCUGUCCACCAGUCUUUUGGGUUCCAUGUUCCCCCUACCCCGUAUCAUCUUUGCCAUGGCACGAGAUGGCCUUCUCUUCUCCUUUUUGGCCCAUGUCAGCGAAAGGAAGGCCCCCAUAAACUCCACCUUUGCGGCUGGGGUCAUGUCUGCAAUCAUGGCGUUUCUGUUUGACCUGAAGGACCUGGUGGACCUCAUGUCAAUAGGAACGCUGUUGGCCUAUACGUUAGUGGCCGCCUGUGUGCUGGUGCUAAGAUACCAGCCAGAGAUCCACGGCCCAGUCUACCAGAUAGCCAAUACCCAUGAUGAUCCAGACUCCAGUGAUGGGAUCAGUGUGCCCAGUAUGGGCAUUCUUCCUGGUGUGGAGGAGAGAUUCAGUUUCCAGACUCUUCUGUUUCCAAACAACCCUGAGCCGUCCGCACUGUCAGGCUCCACUGUCAACAUCUGCACCUCUGCCAUAGGAAUGUUGAUCCUGGCCUUCAGUAUACUGGCCGUGCAGGGAGGCCUCACUUCAUGGAACAUGGUAGCCCUGAGUCUGAUCUUCAUGGUGUGUCUCGUCCUGGUUUUCAUAAUCUGGAGGCAGCCUGAGAGUAAAACUAAACUCUCCUUCAAGGUUCCCCUGCUGCCUUUCAUUCCAGUCAUAAGCAUGUUUGUCAAUGUCUACCUGAUGAUGCAACUGGACAGAGGAACAUGGGUCCGAUUUUCCAUCUGGAUGGCUAUAGGUUUAGUCAUCUACUUCUGUUAUGGCAUUCAUCACAGCUCUGAGGCGACCUCUGCUCGCCUGUCUCUGGUAACAGAGAUGAAUGGUUUUAAUCUUGAUCAUGAAUUGGAAGCCAUGUCAAUAGAGAAAGAAGCUUUUCUCAAUGACGGCCUUGAUGUCAGGGAAGAAAACGACAGAGGGUUAUAGAAGGGACUAUAACACACAGCUCCAUGUCCACCUGCCCUGACACCAGGCUGUCAUUCUAGAAGGGUUUUUGACAGUCCACUACUUCACCUCUCCUUUUGGGGGAAAGCUAUGCUACAAAAAUGCGAACUGUGACACCCCCAUCUAGGUCCUGAUCGCAUUGCAGCCAGGUGGUGAUGAAUCCCUUGCAGAAAAUCAAACAGAAACACUCAGUGGAGGCCAGUAUUUUUGCAUGGCCUCGAGAUUCAGCUGUUCAUUACUGCCUGACUGACUGUGGAAGAAGGGCUUUCAUUAGAGACAUUAAUGUAUAAUGGAAGUGGAGAGGUAGAGUACGGCCAUGUUAAGUUCCUCUACAUGUUGAGUUGGAGUGUUUAUAGGUUAAAUUACUAGCAGUAAGACUGUGGAGUGGUUGAUGUCGUGCUGCCAGAACAUUUUCUAAAAAUAGAUUGAUUUUUUUAUAUAUAUAUAUUAAAACAUAAUGUCUACAUAAAUCUGAAGAACAUACAGCCAUCUCAGUACUUUAUAAAAUGUGUUACCACAGUGUGCUUUGUUUGAAACUGGUCGGUGGAUCUUUAGUGAUGUAACCUUCGGGGGAAACAAUGAUUUUAAGUAGCCAGCAGCAUUAUUUACUUACCUAAAAAAUGUUCAUAGGAAGAUAGAAAAAAGUAGAUUUUGAGAUGUUAUAUCAGUAGAAAGGGGAAUUUUUAUAACAGUUAUUUCAAGUUGACAGCCAUUGUCCUCUCUUUAUUUUCCUGAAAUUGAUUGAAAAGAGUCCGUAUUUCCUGUCUACAUUUUACCUGUAAAAGAUAAUCAACAUCAGUUGGGUGUAUAUUUUGAUAAGUCAUAAUGAGUUUUUCCUCUACACUUAUAUCACUAGUUGUCCUCAUGACAAUAUCUU